AUGGCAAAACAAUCCGAUAAAAAAAUUGCUCAGGAAAAUCUUCGAUAUUUAAGGAAUCUUAAGCAAGGUUUCUUAACCGUAAACGCGAUUUAUAUUCUUUAUCAAGUUCUUUAUAAUUAUAAUACAUUCACAUUUUGGUUAGCUACAGGAUAUUUAGUAACGACAGGCAUAAGUUUAUUUCUUUGGAAACAACUCGUAAUAUAUGGUUCACCAAGAUAUUCAUCAGAUGGAACUGUUAUUUGGCCGGGAGAGGAUUUGAAUUCUGAAGGCUUAACCGCGUAUAUGUUUGAUAUAAUUUAUAUAACAUGGUUUGUACAUAUAACAAGCAUGUUUUUCGCAUGGGCAUGGUAUAUACUUUUGGUGAUCCCGAGUUUUGCAAUUUACAAAAUUUGGACAUUUUUCAUAAAACCAAAUUUCUUUUCUGGUGAUAAUAUGGCGGGAUCAGAUUUUCAAAAAAGCAAACGUCAAAAGAAACUUGAAAAGCGGCAACAAGAAGGAAAUGCUAAAAUUAAAUAUGCUAGAAUAUAG